AUGGCGGCCGACGCCGACCUGUUGACCCGUCUCGGGCAGGUCGUGCCAGUGACUUUCGAGCCAGCCCUGCUUGUUCUGAGUUACAUCAUCAGUCUUGUCGGUGCUGCUUCGACUCUCGAGCUCAUUCAUCGCAGGACCUCGAGGCGAGGUUAUUACAACAAUCUGCUGUUGUUUGGUGCUGCGGUAACUAUGGGAGGUGUCGCAAUCUGGAGCAUGCAUUACAUUGGUAAUCGAGCAACUAUUCUUGCCAAUGGCGAUCCACGGCUGCAGAUUGCGUACUCAGCUGGCGUCACGGUGGCCUCGUUCUUCGUCCCCAUUGUAGUUUUACUUGUCGCCUUCUUCGUUGUCACGGGAGCCAAGGGCAACACGGCAAACGUAAGUUGGUGGCGGGUGUCAACAUCAGGAAUCUUGUCGGGAGGUGCCAUCUGCGGCAUGCACUACCUCGGAAAUGCGUCAAUCAGCAACUACCGACUGGGAUAUGCAACCUCUAACGUUGUUGGUUCCGUUGUCAUUGCCGCGGCCGCAAGUACCAUCGCUCUGGCAUUGUUCUUCGUCUUCAAGAGCUCUUGGACGAACUCUUGGUGGAAGAGACUUAGUUGUGCUGUUGUAUUGGCCGGGGCUGUCUCAGGGAUGCACUGGUGCGCUGUCAUGGGCACUAACUACACCCUGAUUCAUCUUGACUCCAGGAGCGAUCUCAAAAGCCGCAACACGACUGUGAUUGUAACUGCUGUUCUGUCGUUCUCUGCUUGCAUGAUCAUUGCCGGGCUAGCCAUCUAUUCUGCCAGGGUACGGAAAGGAUACGCCAACCGUGCGCAAAGGAUCACGCUUGCUGCUGCUGUCUUCGAUGACCAGAAACGCAUUCUAGUCACACCCGACGGCUUGUUGCCGAGCGAGGUGACGGGCCACGAGAGAUUCUCCACGACGCAUCCGUUAUUCCAUUGGAUCUUCCAGGCGUCUCGCAACUGGGGAGCUAUCUCUACUCUUGUUGAUAAGAUGGUCCUUCACCUUGCCAACCUUCCUCACUACGGUCGCAACGUCCGAACUGCCAUUGAAUUGGUCGACAAGGAAGGACAUAUCAUUGAGAACUACGAAACCAUCUUCUGCGAGCUGUUUUGCGUUGCUGCGGCAGCCUUGGCUCGGCAGAUGAAUGAACGGCUUGCCAAUGUCGGAAUGCUUUGGGAUGAGAUUCUCACGACGGGCGGUCACGUGUUGAAUGACUCGGGCAGUUCAGUCUCGAGCUCACAUAACGUGCGGCGUGAUGAAAAUACCAAGAAGGAAAGGCGCGACCAUCUGGAUCUGCUCGAAAAAGGAGAGGCUCAGCCGGAGAUGCUUAAGCACGGCCAUCUCAUGUUUCUUGUUCGCCGCGUUGACAACGCCCAGGCCGAACAUCUCGCCGCAGCAGGAUACCUGUUUGCUGAACCUCGCCAGGUAGCUCACAUUAUCGGGGACAGGAUGCAGAUCCGAGUAAAGGACUUCGAGCUGAAGCUGAGGAGCAUGGAGCGAUAUGCCCGGGGUAGCAUGUUGGCUCCCGGCGUCCAUUUGGGUCUCUUCGCCGUCAGAACUCAGUUCCAUCAGGCUGGAUUUGACGUUUUGGUUAGGCGAGAGGCCAGGAAUUUGCUUCCAAGCAUGGAACUGCCUCUUGAUCGUUUGGAGCAGCAUCACAUCGACUUUCUCCGCAGCUUUCAUGGGGUCUCGAUGGCUGCAGCUCUCCACCGACUUGACCGUGUGAGUGUGGCUGAUCCUCGAGGCACGAGCUUUGCAGCAAUUCUGCGCGAUGCGAUCCGAAAUUUGAAGACAUCGGUGCAGGAUGCGGUGUUCAACAGCGCCAAACUUGUUCCUAAAAUCGUGCAAGUCCCCUGCAUACCAUUGUCGUCCGAUUCCCGGCCAGCGACAUGCUCCAUGAUCGUCUUCAGCAUUAUGAUACCAAUUCACGUACGCGUAGAAGCUCCUGCCUACGAGUUCAUCCCUUUGCAGUUCUUCAAAGUGCAGCAGAUGGUCUACAAGAACUGUCCGCACAAGGCUGCCUUUGUUCGUUCAAUGCAUCGCACCAUAUCACCGUUGCUGAACAUGACUUCAACUGUCGAUAUAUCCUCUCAGUCAAAGUCAUUGUUCAGCCGGCUCAAGGACUUUCUGCUUUUUGGGUCCUGGCAAGGGAAGGACUCCGCAAUCCAUACCGCGUACAAUCGCCUUCGGAGACGCAAGUCGCGUGGUCAUGACACGACUCUCCUGUCACCCAGCCGCGAACACGUCGCGUUGACUUCGUGCAAUCAGAGCGCAGUAUCACUUCCCCUAUACAACAGAACGACUUCAGACGAUCAGGGGGUCUCCGGCUUGGCCAAUGUUCGCGCAGAUCUUAAAAACCCUCCCGAAAUUUCCGUUACGGAGCUCAUUGACCCUAUUUUCCCGACAUGGCCACUACCCCCUCCGUCUAAGGCGUCGUUCGGUGGGAUUAUGAUCUCCCAGGAGGUCACAGUGGAUGUUGAGGUCGCCAACAAUGGAGGUCCGAACGGGGACAAAUCAUCGGACAAUGACUCGGAUGUCGGACGCAAAAAGAGCAUUCGGGCCUUGCCGAGCGCUGCGAAUGCCCCUAUCCCGGUUCCUUUUGACCAAGCCAUCGAGAUGUGCGAUGUGUCAGCUGUUCUUGGAAUCGGCGCAUCAACGGUGCAGGUUGCCAAGGAGGACGAUGACGUCAUAAGGACGUUUGUUGACGAUCUGUUUUCGACUUGUCUUGAUACCCCUAAGCGCACGUGA